UUGCUAUUUUCUUCUCAUCCGUGUGGCGGUUUUGAGCCAAAAUGUUCCCUUUAUUGGUUCUAAAGGUCCUCUAGGUCUCGAAUCAAUUGAUAAAAAUCGUACCUUUAUCAAAGGUGAUUCUGAAAAAAAUGGAUGAUUACAGGGAUAGGAUCAGUCGGUUACCAGACGACUUCCUCUUACAGAUACUCUCACGUCUCCCGACAAAAGAUGUCGUGGCGAUGAGCCUCUUGUCCAAACGGUGGCGGUUUCUCUGGACACUAGUCCCCAAACUCAACUUUGACCUCAGGCUUCACGACAAUACAUGUCCCAAGUUCACAAAGUUCGUAGACAGGUCUUUGCUGCUACACAAGGCUCCCACUUUAGAGAGUCUCCGUGUCAAGAUUGGUUCCAUCUGUCAUAACGCAGAUGUAGAUGUAGGCGUGUGGGUUAGAAUCGCCGUGGACCGUGGCGUGCGCGAGCUUGACAUCAGUUACUGCCCUGCUGAAGAGCCUAUAAGAUUGCCUAAGUGCUUGUUCCCUUGCGCGACGCUUGUGGUGCUGAAACUAGAGAACAUGAGCCUUGUUGAUGCUUCUUCUUACGUCUGCUUUAAGUCGCUCAAGACUCUGCAUCUUCUUGAUGUGAAGUACUUUGAUGAGCAGUCGCUUCCUCAUCUUUUGUCCUCUUGCUCUGUCCUCGAAGAUUUGGUUGUGCAGAGAUGUCCUGGAGACAAUGUUAAGAUCGUCUCUGUUAACGCCGCGUGCUUGAAGACUCUCACUUUGCAUAAGUCUUCGCAAGCUUUUGAAGGGGACGACGAUGGGUUCUUGAUCGCUGCGCCUAAGCUGAAGCGGCUUGACAUUGAGGAUUACUGGGGUGGGUUUUGUGAUAUUGAGAAUAUGCCUGAGGUUGUUGAGGCGAAUGUUGAUGUUAUUUAUAAAAACACUGAGAGGAUUCUGGGGUCUCUCACCUCGGUUAAGCGUCUUGCGUUGUGUCUGAUGACUUCAGAUGCUGCUUAUCCGACUGGUACAGUCUUCUCUCAGCUUGUUCAUCUAGAGCUAUGCACAUGUGCGCCGCGGUGGUGGGAUCUACUCACUCGAGUGAUUGAAGAUUCACCUAAACUACGAGUUCUCAAACUCCGCCAGAAACAUAUUCGGCGUACAUCUAGUCCCGGGGCUAGCUGGAAGCAGCCUGUGUCACUUCCCAAGGGAUUGUCUCUUGAGACUUUCAAGUGGGAGCUGUACGAAGGAACACAGAAGCAGAAGGAAGUGGCGAAAUUCAUCUUAAAACACGGUAUUCGAUUGAAGAAAGUGAUUGUCUCUCCCAAGCCAAGCAGUAGUCUGCUGGAGAAACAUGAGAUGCUCAAGGAGUUGUCAUCUGCUCCGCGCGGUUCUAGUACAUGCAAGCUCUUGUUCGACUGAAUAUAAGAAAAGAAGAAAUGAAGUUAAAAGUCUGUCCUGAGAAAAGCUUUGUUAGUAUAUGUUUACUUAACAUCCGUUUUGAUUGUUGCCUUCAUUAAUCUGAAUGUUAUAACCUCUGAAUGCUUUUGCUCUGUAUUUUGGUUUUGUCCUUGUAAGAGACUCAAAACUGCUAAGAACAUUCCUAAGGUAAGAUAUAU